GUGCGCGUUUCCGGUGUUCGGCUUUUGGUUCUUCACUUGUGCGCGUUGUCUUUGCACGUCCUGAAAACUGACGAUAUGGCGACCGACGGACCUCCAGGAAUCGAACCAAACCCGCCUGAUUUGGGUGGCUCAUUGGCUGCUCUGAACACUUGGAGCAACUCAGAGCUCCAGGCCAAGCUCUCUGAGAUCGGAGCGCCCAACAUGGGACCCAGAGAGGAGCUGAUAGACAGACUGAAGGGAUAUAUAAUGCAGACUGGAAUGAUGCCCAGUAAGCCGAACCUGCAAAGCAUGGAUGACAAAGCGGCACCCUUACCAUCUCAGAUGCCCAGCCUGCCGCCCAUGCCCCCCAUCCCCCCCAUGCCCCUCCCCCCGGGCAUGGGCAUGCUGCAGGCCAUGAGCAUGAUGGGCGGGGCGCCCCCACCCGGCCUGCACAUGCCCAUGGACGGCCCCAACAUGCCCCCCGGCCUGACGCAGGAGGACCAGCUGAAGAUGGUCCAGCACAGAGCGGCCAUGGUGCUGCAGCAGGAGGAGAGGGCCAAGCAGGACGACCCAAGGUCAAUGGAGGAGCAUAUGAAGGAACAGCAGCUUCUGGAGCAGCAGAAGAGGGCCGCCGUGCUUCUGGAACACGAGCGACAGCAGGAGCUGGUGAAGAUGCAGCAGGGCGGGCCGCCCCCUCGUGCCCCGGAGCCCAUGCCCCGCCCACCUGGCCUGCCCAUGACUCCGCUCGGCCCCAUGAGAGGUGUAGGUUCUGGCGCUCCCCCUCCCCCGGGAAUCUCCAUGGUGACCCCACCCAGCCACAGACAGAGGAUGCCCCCACCCCCAGGGGAGGAUGCACGUGAGGUGUGGCAGGGGGAGGAAGUUGGGAUGGGCCCAAAGAUUCCCCAGGCCCUGGAGAAGAUCCUGCAACUGAAGGAGAUCCGCCAGGAGCAGCUCAGCACUGCCCCCGUAGAGGAUGACGAUAGUAUUGAGAUGGAGCUGAGGAACUCUGCAGCUGCCACCCUGUCUGAGACCGACGAAGAAGAUGCCGGGCUCUCCAAGAAAGACAAAAAUCGGAAGCGCAGGAACCGCAAGAAGAAAAACAAGAAGAAGAGAGCGCUGGAGAAGAGAGCGCAGGACAAGGAGGCCAGCGAAGAGAAGGAGAAGGAAAAAGAAAAGGAUCCGGAAGUGGAAAUCGAGUACGUGACGGAGGAGCCGGACAUCUACGACCCCAACUUCAUCUUCUUCAAGCGGAUCUUUGAGUCGUUUAAGCUCACCGACGAUGUGAAGAAAGAGAAGGAGAAAGAACCGGAGAAGACCGAAAAGCAGGAGGCCACUACCGUGAAGAAGAAGGGCUUCGAGGAGGAGAAGAAAGACAGCGACGACAGCGACGAGGAGACAAAGACGGACGCACCCAAGAUGUCGAAGAAAAAACUGAGACGGAUGAACAGGCUGACCGUGGCUGAGCUGAAACAGCUGGUGGUCCGCCCGGACGUGGUGGAGAUGCACGACGUGACGGCGCAGGAGCCCAAGCUGCUGGUGCACCUGAAGGCCACGCGCAACACGGUGCCCGUUCCGCGCCACUGGUGCUUCAAGAGGAAGUACCUGCAGGGCAAGAGGGGCAUCGAGAAGCCGCCCUUUGAGCUGCCCGAGUUCAUCAAGAGGACCGGCAUCCAGGAGAUGAGGGAGGCCCUGCAGGAGAAGGAGGAUGCCAAGACGAUGAAGACGAAGAUGAGGGAGAAGGUUCGACCCAAGAUGGGCAAGAUAGACAUUGACUACCAGAAGCUGCAUGAUGCCUUCUUCAAGUGGCAGAUUAAGCCGAAACUCACCAUCCACGGAGACCUCUAUUAUGAGGGUAAGGAGUUUGAGACCCGUCUGAAGGAGAAGAAGCCGGGAGAUCUGUCGGACGAGCUGCGCAUCGCUCUGGGGAUGCCUGUGGGCCCGAACUCUAACAAAGUGCCCCCACCCUGGCUAAUCGCCAUGCAGCGAUAUGGACCCCCUCCCUCCUACCCCAACCUGAAAAUCCCUGGCCUCAACUCACCCAUCCCAGAGGGCUGCUCGUUCGGCUACCACGCGGGCGGCUGGGGCAAACCCCCCGUGGACGAGAUGGGCAAGCCCCUGUACGGCGACGUGUUCGGGACCAACGCCGGAGACUUCCAGGCGAAGACUGAGGAGGAGGAGGUGGACCGCACCCCGUGGGGCGAGCUGGAGCCCUCUGAUGAAGAGUCUUCCGAGGAGGAGGAAGAGGAGGAGAGCGACGAAGACAAGCCGGACGAGACGGGCUUCUUUACACCCGCCGACAGCGGCCUGAUCACCCCCGGAGGCUUCUCCUCUGUUCCGGCUGGCAUGGAGACUCCAGAGCUCAUCGAGCUGAGGAAGAAGAAGAUUGAGGAAGCCAUGGAUGGAAACGAGACGCCUCAGCUGUUCACCGUGCUGCCGGAGAGGAGGACGGCGUCCGUGGGCGCUGCCAUGAUGGCCUCCACACACAUCUACGACGUCUCCGGGGCCAUGGCGGGGCGCAAGGCCGGCGGAGGCCAGGAGACGCAGGGCGUGGAGGUCGCCUUGGCGCCCGAGGAGCUGGAGCUGGACCCCAUGGCGAUGACGCAGAAGUACGAGGAGCACGUGCGCGAGCAGCAGGCCCAGGUGGAGAAGGAGGACUUCAGCGACAUGGUGGCUGAGCACGCCGCCAAGCAGAAGCAAAAGAAGAGAAAGGCAGCCCCCCAGGACAACAGAGGAGGGGCCAAGAAGUACAAAGAGUUCAAGUUUUAGGUGGAACCUGUGGGAGGGUGAGGGGCGUGGUCACCCUUUUCAUUGGCUGAGAGGAUGAGGGGUGCGGUCACUUUCCCGUGAGGGGGUGUGGUCACCCUUUCCUGUGGGUCUUGAGAGGGUGAGAGGUGUGGUCACCUAAUUCUUUAACUCACAACCAGCUGGAUUUUUUCUUUUUAAUUUUUAAAAAUAAGUACAAUUUUUCAUAAGCAUUGUUUAAGAGUUGUCUUUGUGUACGGAUGUAUUCUGUGAGCUUAAGAUUUUUUUUUUCAUCAAGUGUUUCUGUCCUUGUAAAUAAAGAAAAGAAAUUCAGUGUA